GCCUCAGGGAUCAGUCCGAAGUCCACUGUCUGACCGCGGGCUGGACUCCACUGUCUGCGGGGCUUUCAGCGAAUUGAAUCACUUAAGGGGUCGUAAUGAAGCACUGGAGUGAAAUGAGAAGAGAUGAGCUAGAGCGGCAGUAUUCACCCAGCCGGUGGUCGCACAGGAUGUCUGCAGACGACGUGAUCAAGGCCCAUGUGGCGGCUUUGAAGGAAGGUACCACGCGAGCUCGUGAUCUGGCUCAGACCUUACUGGACGUGCCCUAUGGGGAGGGAGACGGAGAGAAGCUCGACGUCUACAUACCCAGGACCAACAUUUUGGACGUCCCCCUUGUUAUUUACUUCCAUGGAGGCUACUGGCAGUUUCUCAGCAAGGAGGAGUCUGGAUUCAUGGCUCUUCCCCUUCUUGAUAAAGGCGUGGUGGUGGUUGCCGUUGGUUACGACAUUGCUCCCAAAGGUAACAUGGACCUGAUGGUGUCUCAGGUUCGCAGGAGCGUUGUGUCCGUCGUAGAGCAGUACUCUCACAUCAGCGGUCUCUACCUGUGCGGCCACUCUGCCGGCGCCCAUCUGGCUGCGAUGGUCCUCUCCACCGACUGGUCCCAGUACAGCGUCACCCCUCAGAUCAAAGGUGCUUUUCUCGUCAGCGGCAUUUACGACCUCCUGCCCAUCCUUUCCACCUACGUCAACGAGCCUUUGAAGAUGACGGAGGAGGUCGCGGCGAGAAACAGUCCCAGCAGGCUGGUCCAUCAGCUCAAACUGUCCUCGUCCGGCUGCCCCGUCGUCGUGGCUGUCGCUGAGAACGACUCGCCGGAGUUUCGCAAGCAGUCGGAAGAAUAUUAUAAAACUUUGGAUGCAUCGGGACUGAGUGUGACCUUGGAGGACGUUGCAAACACCGACCACUUCAGUAUCAUCGAGCAGCUGGUCCAUGGGGACUAUCAUCUAACAAAGCUCCUCUUGAAGAUGAUGGGGAAGAGCUGAGGUGCCGGCGUUUGAGCCGUCAUCGAACCUCGUACCUCGGUAUCAACAUCCAACUCUGACCAGAGUCGCUGGGAAACUACACUAACACCAUAUUUCUGGACUGUGCUGCGGUGGAUGAAUGGACUGUAUAAUCUGAUCUGAUCCACAGUAAUGUGUCACUGAUUGUGUUGACAAUCUAGUUUACAGUUUAUUUAUCUUCAAUUUUAGUUACUGGUGUCAUAAAAUAGGCCUCACAUGUCAUGUAAACACUGUUUGCCUGUAACUGAGCCACAUUGAGCUUUAUGGUUGGACUAUUGUGUUUGCUGGUGUUUUGUCUGACAGUCAGUCUGUCUGGUUUGUUUUUUUACUUACAUCCACAGUCGAUAACAGGAGGUUGUGUCAGAAAUACUGUCAUAUCAUAUCGAGUGUAGCUUUUUUAUUGUAGCCUCCACAACACUAAUAUAACACAUGGGGAACUGACUGCUGCUAUUUGUUUCUACACACAGUUAUUGUCGUCAUUCUACCAUCUUUAAUCAUUUAAUAUUGUUUGCACUGUUUGCAGUUAUAAAUAAUAUAACAAUAUUUUAUUAUUAAUGUCUGUAAAAUAUUUUGGGCAAUCAUUACAAUAAAUAUUUAUAUUUUAGAAUGGA